AUGCUCGUACAAAACGAGGAAAAAGGGCGCUAUUGUUGCGCUCCUCCGCAGGGUUUUGAGCCCGGUCGAGUGCUUUUGGAGGAAGAAGCUUACAUAUGGGGCAACGGGCACGCGGAGUGGUGUUUGGAGUGCGACACUCCCAGUCAUGCGAGCCCGGCCUGCCCUCGGAUCCGUGCGAGCUAUCCUCCUUCCAUUGUUCCUUUGCUGCCCGCAAUCGAAAAUUGGAUGAUGAAGGACCUAGAGCGGGUACAGAGCUUGGACCGGGCCAGGGCGUGGAUCAAGAUUGCGGCCUUCCAGGCGGCGGAAGAGGAGAUCUUGGGAGCCGAGAGCGAGGACGAGGGCAGCGACGAGGACGAAGAGAGAGGAGACAGGAGGAAGGAGGAAAAGGAGGAGGAGGAGGGGGAGGAAAAGGGCGGGAAGGAAGGGGAGAGG